UUGACAAUUUUCCUGUCCUGCUAAGCAUUCAAAAUGUAAUGAGUACUUUUGAGUGUCGAGGAAAAUUUAUGGAGAAAAAGUACAUUAUUUUCUGUAGGAAUGUAGUGAAGUAAAAGUGAAAGUAGUCAAAAAUAUGUAAAGUACAGAUGCCCCAAAAAACUACAUAAGUACUACUUUCAAGUAUUUUUAUUUAAGUACUUUACACCACUGAUAACCUCUCACAUAGCCUUAGUAUUAACUACUGCAGAAUAAUAUUUUCUUGCAGGUAAAUAAUACAUCAAAUGUAGGCAAAAUGUUGACUUGGGAACAGGAGUCGAGAAAUAUGAUUUAUUUUUUUCAGCAUCUUGAGAGAAUGAGAAUGCUCAGUUAGAUAUCAUCUGUAGAGGUGGUAUCUUUAUCAGCAUCAUAAAAUCUUAGUAUUUCAACCACAUAAAAUAUGCAAGCCUAACUGAAAUCUUAUCAGAAACAUGUUGGGUUGUUUUCACAGCUUUCUAUUUCCUUACAACCAGUCAAACUGAUACCAUUUGGACAUUUCGCACAGAAAAUCUUUCCCAUUUAGUUUUUUUGUUGAGUUAUUGCGCUUUCUCCCCGGUCCCUAAACAUCUUUGCUCCGUGAAAGAAGAUGACAGAGAAAACUUUACCGAUGUCAACUAGAUUGAAGCAUUCAUUCUAUUGAUUUAUGACAUUCUGGUGAGCAAGGAUUUAUUUAGUCUUCUAGGGCAACAUAUAAUGACAGAAGAGAAGCUGAAUGUAUCUAAUUAUAGAGAAGUUGACUAACAAAUAGUCUACCAAAAUGUCGAAAAUUAUAAGCAGAAACAUAUCUAAACCAUGCAACAAAAGAAUCCUGCACAAACUCUCCAAAAAUUGUUUCCGCCAUCUUUGACUGUAGCCUACAAUGCAUUUUCUAUAUUUGCGUGUUAGAUUUUCACUUUAUCACAUAUAAUCAGCCCCCCUUCUUUUUUUUCAUUCUUUUUUUUGGGGGGGGAGGUACUUUUCACCCCUUUUUCGCCCAAAUUUUGUGAUAUCCAAUUGGUAGUUACAGUCUUGUCCCAUCGCUGCAACUCCCAUAUGGACUACCGAGCGCUCAUUGAAGAGCUAUGGCUCUGUAUCGGAAACGGAAUGGACAAAAGACAAAGGUCAGUCAGAUGUGUCCAUGGCGGAGAGCAUCAUGUCUCCAGAUGAAAUUGAAGUGGAGAUGGCUCGCAUCCAGCGCCUCAGGGAGGUGCUGGUAAGGAGGGAGUCCGAACUGCGCUUUAUGGCGGACGACAUCCAGCUCUGCAAAGACAUCAUGAGUCUGAAACAGGAGCUGAGGAAGGUGGUAACUGUACCAGAGAGAGAGAAGACCAAGAAACAGAGACAGUGGGAGGAGGAGUUGAUCCUGAAAAUCCAUAAACUGGUGCAGAAGAGGGAUUUCCUAGUGGACGAUGCAGAGGUGGAGAGAUUAAGGGAGCAGGAGGAGGACAAGGAGAUGGCUGAGUUCCUGAGACAGAAGCUGAUGCCUCUGGAGAAGCUGGCCAGAGAAGCUGCCCAAAAUCCCCAGAAGCCCAAGAGACAAGUCCCUGAUCCUCCGCCCAGCAAGCCGACCAUCACCAAGUCCAUCACCAUCAUCAAGGACUGCUGCGGAGCCACCCAGUGUUGUGUCAUGUAACCGUGGUUACAGAGGAGUUGAGGACAGUACACCCUCCCAUUCACAGCACCACCCUAGUAACAACAACACAGUCACACUGUACAUCUGUCACCUGACCUGGUCUCUUGGUGUCAUAUCACCUAUCGUUACAUCAUUUCCUGUGAUCCAGAGAACCCUGGUGCAAAAUGGACACCCAUAUAGAGGUGAUAGAUGGACAGGCAUGGCCACAUGUAAAUACAGUAAAUGAUGGAAAUGAAAUACAUGACACUAUAUAAUGUUAAAAGGCAAUUGGAAAUUGAAUAUAUGGGACCUGUACAGUAUUGUAAGCAAGCAACAUAAGCUACAAUGACAUUUCAAUAGACCAAUUUAUAUUGAAACAUUCUUCAGAGAUCAAUAAUGACAUAUAUUCCUCAGAUUUAUAAGCACAACGUCCCGUACCGAACCACAAAUGCAUCAUACCAAGGUUCUCUGUCCACCAGGAAAUGACAUGACUUAAUUGUUAUUCACUUUGUCAUUUUGAUAACGGGUAUUUACUGUAUGCUUCCAUUCCAACCCUUUAACGGAACAACUAGAACUCCUCUCAGACUUAGGACUGUAUGCUUAACAGGGUGGGGUCAAUACCAUUUCAAUUCAGUCGAUUACUUACCGAAUUACCAGAUUUUAAAAUGAAUUGAUCCAACCCUGAUGCUUGCUCUGGAACUGUAGAUAAUGAAACACUUCACUCACUGUAGUACAUUUUUUUAAUCCCUUUAUUGUAAAGGUAUACUUCCUAUAUAAACAGUAUUACUGAACACAGUUGCUAUGAUACCAUUUACAUUGGCAAGCUGCAACAAUCGCAUGAUUGAGUUAUUUUGUUACUCUAUGAUGUAUAUUAACGUAUCAAUAACCAGUAUACACGCAUUUAUGUUGCUAAGA